UCGACAUAUCUGUCAACAAGACAGGUCGAUAUCGUAAUACAUAACCUAAUAUUCUUAUUUUUUAUUUUUUUCUGCUAAAAACUGUAAGGAAAACAUUAAGGAUUAUUUCUAGUUUGUCAUGACUGUGUAUAUUUUCACUGUUUUUUAUAUGUUACUCUCAGCAUGUAUUAUUUAUCCACCAAUCGAGUUUGUGUCAGCUGGCAUAACCGUAAAAGACAUUUUCUCAAGUUGGUUAGGCAGUGAAAAUGAAUUUUUCAUACAGUAUCACAUAAAAAGAAGUAUUGCAACGUUAUUUGUUCAUUCUGUGCUUCCUUUUGGAUAUCUUCUUGGUCUUGUACUCUUUGGAAAUAUUGAAACAGCAAGAAUAUUUCUUGGAAGUGAUAAUCCUUUAUGGCCAACACUUGCUGUGUGCUCCUUAAUUGGGCCAAUUUACGCUGUUUAUAAAGUUUUGUGCUGGUCUAGAAACAAUUGGGCAACACAUCCAAUUGCUGAAAGUCUUGCAGUAUAUUGUAAUAAUAAUACAAGGUGGAUAAGUGUCGCUUCAGACAUUAAUAUUGAAUACAGAAGGAUAGACAAAAUAGUGAUAGACACAAAUAGUGUCACACGCAUAGUAGCAACUGACAAUUGGAUAAUUAAAAUCUCACCUUACAAGCUGUAUGUUGCACAUCAAAGUGAUACUGCUUUGAUUGUAAAUAAAAGUGAUACUCAUGUCAUGUCGCCGACAACCAGAGGUGAAGUGCAGUUUGUUAAUAUUGAGGUAAAACCGACAAGAAUUGGAGCUCAAUCUUUCACCAUUCGACUGAAUGCUUUGGAUUUUAAAGACUUACAAGACAAAGUUUCAAGACCAAUUACGGUUUUAGAAAAUGUUACGUUCCACAGAACUGUUCUGGACAGGUUUAUUGACACCUUCAAGGAAGAAGUUGCUAAGAAUCCCUAUUACGAAACCGCACAGGAAUUAGAGCAGUGUAUCGGUUGUAUGCAGACGACUUCAAAUGUGAAAUUAAACAGAUUAUGUGAAAACGUCAGCGAAGCUGUUGGUCCUGAUGCGUGUGUUGCCUGCUAUUGUCGUCCAAUGUGGUGCAUUGAGUGUAUCGCAAAGUGGUUCGCAUCAAGACAAAAUGAAAAUGCUACGGAAACAUGGCUAUCUUCCAAAUGCACAUGUCCAGUAUGCAGAGCCAAAUUCUGCCUUCUCGACGUUUGUUUGGUUAGAACUCUAAGUCAAUAAAAAAUUAUUUGUUGCAUAAACCAAAUGGACCAAAAACGCACUUUAAGUGUCGCAAAAAGAAUAGAAAAACAAAUAUAAGCAACAACGGGACUUUAUGAAAAAUAAAGUCAGCUUCAAGUGAUCUUGUCGCCUAUACUUGCUCCGAGUUUAUAUUGAAUAUUGUUGUUUACUGUAAAUAAUGUCAAAAAUCUAGAAAUUAUAUUUAUGUAACUACUUGUGUGAAAGAGUUUUUUGACAAGCAUUUAUUGUUGAGAGCAUUGAUCUUGAAAUUUAAAUAAAUAAUCGUAAUUUUUGUACUGUCUAA